CAAUUAUUUAAAUUCAAUAAAAAAAAAAAACCCAGAAAAGCAGAAUCCAAACGUUGCACUUCAUUGGCUGUUUAUUUCUAUAUUUAUAUUUCUGUUUUUAUAUAUCUAUUAUUUGUAUUCUGUUAGCAAUAUUCUAUAAUUUUAUAUUCUAUAUUUUCAUUAGCAACAUUUUGAGUUUGAUCCUACUUUUUUUUACCUUUUGUUUUCUGCUCUACGUAUUUUUUUUUUUUUUGCACUUCUAGAACCCUAAAAGGGGGGCGAGGGACAGAUCACUUUGCGCGCGCGCGUUCCGCCGUUUGGACCGGCGCCGUUCCGGACCGACGAACGGCGGCGCGCGCGUUCCAUGUUCCGCAUUCCGUAUCUCUGCCUUCCCGCCCGUUUAAAGCCCGUCCCGCCAAAAGUGCAGGCUGUGCAGUCACAGCUGAGGUGUGUGUGGGAUGUUGUUCUUCGCGCGGUAAAUAAUGUGUUUCGUCGUGAAUUUCGCGGACGGUCGCUCGUCGAUACAUUAAUCGCUGACGUGAGCGAAUUCUUCGGGAGAAUACGUCAACGAAUAUUUCGGAAACUUUCGAGAACUUUCACGCGUCGCGACCGAGUCGGAGUCGUUCUCAACGUCGCGUGGACGGCACGGGAAAACAUCUGGCCGAAUAAAUUACCGCACUUCCCCAUUUUGACAACGCAUGUGGAGCUUGUUGAGGAAGAAGGAAUUUUAAACAUUAUUCUAUUUUGUAACGUAAGACAAAAUCAUAAUUGAAAGCAUUAGCCCUGAAAAAAAAGGAUUCUUCGACCUUACGUCCUGCCAAGUUUCCAAGUUCUUUGACUGAGAAAUCGUCGGACGACUCGGGAACGAUGUCGGGCACGCAGACCACUAUUUCCUUUUCCGUGCGAAAGAAAUGCAAUUUUUACGGUCGCAAAGAGGAGGCGAAGGAGGAUUUUGCGAACGCGACGGCCAAGCAGACGCCGUCAAGAUAUAUCCCAGCUGUCAAGAAGAUUGUCACUUUGACUAGCAGCGAGUCCGAGUCUGAUUCUGACAUUGAGAAUACAACAGAGAAGUCCAAAGUGACAAAGGAAAAAAGGCUUGAGAAUGCAGGUUGCACGCCGAGACGACGAAAGCGCGACGAACCAGAUAAAGGACAACACACUCCUAGUCCACCAAAGCAGAGAAGGGACACGUUGCAAUCUUCUCUGACACCAUCUACUCUUCUUAAUAAAUUAGCUCUGUCCCCUAAAAAAGAGAGCAGAUUAAAUCCAAAACAAUUGUUUGAAUCUUGUCUCUCCGAGGAAGAGAGCGAGCCGACUUCUAAGUUACUUGGAUCCAACAAAUAUCAGAACGCGCGAAAAUCGUUGCACAGCUCCAUAACAGAGAAUUUGCCCGGAAGGGAAGAGGAAUUGACCAAACUGCAGAAAUUUCUUCUCGGCCAUCUGGACCAAGAAACUUCAGGUUCCCUGUACAUCUCUGGACCACCAGGCACUGGCAAGACCGCAUGCCUGUUCAAGAUCAUGCAAUCAUCAGAUAUAAAAUCAAAAUUCAAGAUGGUUUACAUCAAUUGCACCAGCAUGAAGUCCGCGGCUGCCAUUUACACGAGGAUAAUCCAGGAGCUGUCCAUUCCCAGUGUGACGAAGUCAGGGAAGAAUAGCAAGGCCGUUAUAGAGAAGUAUUUAACGUUCAAACACAAGAUGCUGCUCCUGGUGCUGGACGAGAUAGAUCAGCUGGAUAGCAGGAAGCAGUCCGUGCUAUACUCCAUAUUCGAGUGGCCUUCAAUACCAAAUUCCAAGCUGAUCCUCGUUGGGAUCGCCAACGCUCUGGAUCUGACCGACAGGAUACUACCCAGAUUGCAGGCCAGAUGCGAACUGAAACCAGCAUUGAUGCAUUUUACCCCGUACUCUAAGCAGCAGAUAUUCGAUAUAAUAUCGGCGAGACUGAACGAAGCGAACGCGACCAACGUUUUCACUCCGCCUGCGAUACAAUUUUUGGCGGGUAAAGUGGCCGCAAUCUCUGGAGAUAUCAGGAGAGCCUUAGACAUCAGCCGAAGAGUAAUAGAAUUGGCCGAGUCGCAUCAAAUGGCACAGGUGCUGCGUCCGACAAACUGUAAUGAUACGAAUAUAGAAUCCUUGAAGAAGGAAACAGAAGCAGUAGAGAGACCUGUUGACUUGAAGGAAGUGGUGACGGUUUUAAAUGGAGUUUAUGGAGGUACACAGAAUCUUAAUAAGGAACAGGAUACGUUUCCUCUUCAACAAAAGUUGCUAAUUUGCUCUCUAUUGCUUAUCCUCAAUAAGGGAAAGAACAAGGACAUCACUGUUGGAAGGUUAUAUGAAGUAUAUAGGAAGGUAUGCAAAAAGCGUAAUAUAUCCGCCGUUGACAAUUCCGACUUCGUGAACAUGUGCUCGCUGAUAGAAACCAGAGGCAUCCUGCGAGUAGUGGGCAAGAAAGAAGCACGUUUGUGCAAAGUGAACUUGCAAUGGGAUCAGGAGGAAUUGGAUGCGGCCUUGCAGGACAAACAAAUGAUGGCCGCUAUAAUUAACGAUACAAGUUGUUUGUAGAAUAAUUAGGGAAAUUCAAUGUGUUAUAUUGUCUUUGUUACAUCUAAUUUAUUUUAUAGCUCCUUUUACAUUUAUAUAUUAUAUAACGCGAGCAUCUUAGUUGUUACAAAUCGACUGUUGCAUCGUCAUUACAAAUUGUUUUCAACAUAUCAUUCUUAAUAAUUAGAUUUUAACGUUUAGCAUGAAUAUUAGUUUGGACACUGCUACUGUAUCAUAGAAGACUGAUUAUACUUGCUGAUGUACUGCACAUUUUAUACUGUAUUCAAAUUUAUGCGGAAUGUACAGAGUUUGAUCUAAUAGAGAUAUAUAUUUUUGAUAAUUGCAAAUAAAAUAAUUUUAAUAAAUUAAAUAAUUCAUACACGUCUAUAUGUGUAUUCAAUAUAGUAAAA